UGCUGAGCGUGAGCGCGCGCGUGUGAUGAUCAUUUGGCGUGCAAAAAAAAAAAAACAAUAUAAAAACACAAGCGAACUGUUACGAUAUUAAUAACAAAGCAGCGGUCAAAAGUUGAAAAGCACAACAGCAAAAUAAAUAACACCGUAAAAGAAAACAAGGAAGUGGGUGAAAUAUGUAAUAUUACGAAGUGAGAAAUGGAAAGGAUUUUGAAAACUAACAAGAAAUGUCAAAAUGCGGUUGAAUGAAGUGAAUGCGUACGUAAACUAGAAAGUGAAUUGUGAUUGAUUAAAAAAUUGAUAAUUCAAAACACUCUCGAUAGCCAACAAACAAAAACUACAACAAAAAAUUUAUUAAUCGGGUUUGCUUUCUAAAAAACGUAUGAACGAAAUGAUAAAGUGGAAAAUAUUGAACUCAUUGAAGACAAAACAUAUUAAAGACAAACACAAAAAAACCUAAGCUGAUAAUUACCUCAAGUGAAUGCUGAUUACUUAUUGCUAAAACGUGAAACAAAAACAAAAAUUAGAAAUAAAAGCAGUCAAAAAGGAAAACAACACAAAUCGCAGUGGAAAUCUAUCCAAUUUAUUGCACGGCACCAAAAAAAAUAUAGCCUAAUUACCGCUUGAAAAAAGCUAAAAACAGAAAACGGAUCAGCUGCUACGAAGAUUGAUUUUUAUAACCGAUAGUAAAACCAAACCAAAGUAAACAUAAAAAUUGGGAAAAAAGCGCAAAGCAUUCACCUGACAGCUGGCACGAACGGCACAAAAUUUGCGCGCAACAUCUCUCUCCCAGCACCACCGCUACAACUUAGCCUCACCAACAUGCGCGCCUUCCAGCGUGGCUUCUUCUGCGCAGAUCUUUCGCUGCGUUACCCCUAUCGUGAGUGCACCAUCACCAUACCCAUGCUGCUGGUCUACACGCUUCUCCUGCCGAUGCUCUUCAUCUGCGUCGUCGAGAUAAUGCGCAUCUGCAAGUGUUUCCGUUUGCGCAAAUACGUAACUAAUUUGGCGCGCAGCUUAGCCACCUUCAGUUUCGGAUUCAUCGCCACCUAUCUCACCACAGAGUUGGCGAAAAAUGUUGUUGGCCGCCUGCGUCCACAUUUCUACACUGCCUGCCAACCGCGCUUGGCCGACGGCACCUCAUGUGAGAGCGCCUACCAGCAGCUGGUGGGUGGCGGCGUCUAUGUAGAACAUUACUAUUGCUCGAAUCGUAAUUUGAGUGCGCGUCAGCUGCGUGAACUGCAUGUGUCCUUUCCGAGCGCGCAUUCAUCACUUUCGUUCUAUGCCAUGCUUUUGCUCUGCUUCUAUUUGCAUGCUGUGUGGCGCGGGCGUGGCACUACGCGCGUGCUGCGCCACAUACUACAGUUCCUGUUGCUGUUGGUGGCUUGCUAUAUAGCGCUGAGCCGCGUGCGUGACUACUGGCAUCACUGGUCGGACGUGCUGGCGGGCGCGCUACUAGGCUUAGUGUAUGCCGUCUUGACAGCGGUCUAUGUGGGACGUAUGCUGAGGCCGACAUUUGCGGAAGCGGCAGCACAGAAGCACAAGAAGCAUACACAGCAUCAGUACAAGGUGACAAAACAUCAUCAGCACCAUCACCAUCAGCUGACGUCGUCUCAACACCAUCUGACGCCGCAUGAUGCGCGCAGUCGCAUGUUGCUGGUGGCGGCUAGUGGCAGUGUCAGCAACUUGCAGCAGCAACAAUUGCUGUCGACGACACACGAGGAGCACGAGAAGCAACAGUUCCACGAACAAGUGGCGAAGGAGCAUUUAAUGGAGCGUGGCGGCAUAGGCGGCGGCGGUAUCGGUGGGGAUUGUGAAUGGAAGCUGCAGGCAGUUGUGUUGCCGACGUAAUUGCAAGCAAAAGCGCCGUGGAAGAGGGAGCAGUAAUGAGGAAGGAGCGCAACAGUGAAUUUAACGGCGAAACAAAUCUGUAAACACUUCACAUGUCGGCAAGUAUUGUGAUAAGAGUAGAGGAACGCCCCCACGGCGCAGGCUGUGGUUUGCAUAGUAAGAGGGGCUGCACAGAUACUUAGUUGAUGUAAAAGUUGCGCGUGGAAGGUUUAAAUUAAAUUUUGUAUCAAUUGCAAGAAUAAGAAAGAAAUCAAAAAUAUAUUCUCAGGGCUUGGAAAACAUAUUUCGAUAACACUUUUCGAAAAUCGUUGAAGAUAAUAACAAAACUUUCCAAUAAAAAAAAGCUAAAGCAUAUUUAUAUUUAUUUGCUAAGAGUUACCGUGAGAAAAGAUUUUCAAAUAAGGGAGUGUAUGACCCCUAUCCAGAAAAGAGGCUUUCAACACUUACAGAUAAGCGUCAAAGCAAAAGCACGCAGUUUUUUUCGAGAGAAAUGCUUUGCGGGCUGCUACCCCUACUGAGCUACGCCCAUGAGCACUGCACGCAAAUUACGUUUGCAUGCCUGAAACCCAAAAGCAUACAUGAAAUUUGCAAGAAAAGCACAAAAAAACAACAACAACAAACCAACACCAAUAAUAGCCUUCAGUACCUGUACAUAAUUAUCGGCGAACCAAGCAACUAAGCAAGCAACCGAAAAAAGUGAUUUUAGCAAAAGGCAAAAAUUCACUGUUGUGCAACAAAAGUGACUAAAUCUGAAAGCACCAAAAGGCAUUGCUAUUUUCUCAGCUGCCGUUGUGUCGGCCGUUUUGGUAAUAAAUACAUGUGCAUCAAUAUGGCAACAUCAGUAAGCCUGACAGCGCUAGAGCUGUAGUAGCGGCUGCCGCAUGCCUUUACUACACACAAACAUUGUUGCAUGCCACAAAUGAACACAACAGCGGGCGACUUGAUGGCAGUGAGUCACCAAUAACAGCUUGAAAGCUAAUACAUUUAUAUGAAGAACAUAUGUGUGUGUGUAUAUGUGCAUGUACAUGAGUCCAUGUGUUGAUGUACUUUAGCGCUGUUGGAGUUUGUUCCCCUUUGAAUGUGGUGCAACAACAAAACAACAAGAAAAAGCAACGGCUACUGCAUGAAAAUGUAAAGAAAAUGACAUAAGCAAAAAGCAAUAAGGAACAAAAGUAGCACCAACUAGAAAAAAUGCAUUUAUAAGCAGCAAUAACAACAACGAUAUCAGUUAAAGUAGCAGCUAAAAAGCGUCAGAGCUCAACGGCAGCAAAAAUGAAAGACAAAAACGUAGAUUUGUAAUAGUUAAUAUAUUUCUUUACAUAUUUGUAUGUAUGUAUAAAAUGUAAUGUUGUAUGAAAUAUUGUAGAAAUGAGGCAGCUGCCAAAGAGCAGCUUCAUAGUGAAUACUCGUAUAUUUGUAUAUGGGGAUGUACGAGUAUGAUUGUAUGCAU